GGGGCCGCUGGACCACUCUAGUUUGGGGCUGCUAGGAAGGCGCGGAUUCACCGAGCCUUUCUGGGGGAAAUGGUCUCUACCCGACCGCUUGCGGGUUGAGAAGAGGCCGCCGUGGCAAACUGGCAGGCCAGCGCAGCGGGUGCACCGGCGAGAAGGGGUGCAUUGUCGUCCACACCUGCUGCUGAAUGUCUAACCCGGAGGAUGAGGAGAGGCUUUUGCCAAUCGCCCAGAGAUGGCCCCGAGCGAGCAAGUUCGUACUGUCCGGCUGCGCGGCUACCGUGGCCGAGCUAGCAACCUUUCCCCUCGAUCUUACAAAAACUCGACUCCAAAUGCAAGGAGAAGCUGCUCUUGCUCGGUUGGGAGACAAUGCAAGAGAAUCUGCCCCCUAUAGGGGCAUGGUGCGCACCGCCCUAGGAAUCAUUCAGGAGGAAGGCUUUCUAAAGCUCUGGCAAGGAGUGACGCCCGCCAUUUACAGACACGUAGUAUACUCUGGAGGUCGGAUGGUCACAUAUGAACAUCUCCGGGAGGUUGUAUUUGGCAAAAGUGAAGAUAAGCAUUAUCCCCUUUGGAAGUCAGUCAUUGGAGGGAUGAUGGCUGGUGUUAUCGGCCAAUUUUUAGCCAACCCAGCUGACCUAGUGAAGGUUCAGAUGCAAAUGGAAGGAAAAAGGAAACUUGAAGGAAAACCAUUGAGAUUCCGUGGCGUGCAUCAUGCUUUUACAAAAAUCUUAGCUGAAGGAGGAAUACGUGGGCUGUGGGCAGGCUGGGUCCCCAAUGUACAAAGAGCAGCACUGGUGAAUAUGGGAGAUUUAACCACUUACGAUACAGUGAAGCACUACUUGAUAUUGAAUACACCCCUUGAGGACAAUAUCAUUACUCAUGGUUUAUCCAGUUUAUGUUCUGGACUGGUAGCUUCUGUUCUGGGAACACCAGCUGAUGUCAUCAAAAGUCGAAUAAUGAAUCAACCACGAGAUAAACAAGGAAGGGGACUUUUGUAUAAAUCAUCAAGCGAUUGCCUGAUUCAGGCUGUUCAAGGAGAAGGAUUCAUGAGUCUAUAUAAAGGCUUUUUACCGGCUUGGCUACGAAUGACGCCUUGGUCAUUGGUGUUCUGGCUUACUUAUGAAAAAAUCAGAGAGAUGAGUGGAGUCAGUCCAUUUUAAGCCCUUAAAGAUACAGUGUUCAGUAUUAUUGAAAUACGGGCAUCUGCAACACACACCCCCUAUUAUUUCUACCUCUUUAGGAAGACACCUUACUCCACAGAGACUGUGAUUUAUAGGGGACAGCACUUUAUUUUUCUUUGGAAACCCAAGUUCUCUUUGACUCCUCUUUUUGUCCAAAAGUGAUCUGGUCGGAUCUCACAAGGCUAUCCCAGGAGACCCAGCACACUGUUUUCUAAAGAAGAACGGAACCCUGAUGACUUUCACCUUGGGCAAGAUGGUUUGGCCCUUGAGAUGCUAUUUGCACUGAAGAGACUGCUUAGAGGGAGUCAGCAUCUCAGAGCUGAAGUAGACAAUAGGAAUAUGGAAGAAUAUAUAUGUAGUGCUUAAAAAAUACUUUUAACCUGUUGUGUCAGUGUUUAUAAUUGAAGUUUCACAAUUCACUCUUCUGUUGUUGUAAAGUAUACAUAUUGUAAAUUAAAGGGAGGUAAAAAUUCAUGAAGAAACAUCUUGAGCUUUCCUACUGUUG